AAUAGGAAUAUUUACAAAGAAAAGUUAGUUUAUUGGCUUUCGCUUUUCCCAAUUGAAGCAGAGAUGAAGAAAGCAGUGAUGGAUGCAUCUUCAAGUUAUCUCAAACCAACAGAGACGAAGAAAGAAGGAGAUUCGGGAAAAGAGACGGCAGAAGCCAUGGACGUCGUUGUGAAUUCAAAGCGGAAGGCCGAGUUCGAGCCUGAGGAGGAGGAGGAGGAUGAAUGGGAAGAGAGCGAUGGUGAGAUUAGCGAAGCUGAGAUGUUACAGGCGCCUGAGUGGGAUGUAGACAGCUUCGAUGGUGUAGAGUAUUACUCCUCUCCGGAUGUGCAGCUUUCCACUUUAUCCGACGAAGAGGAGGCCAUAGAAGACUACAACAUCAUUAAACGCCAGCUUAUCAACAGCAAGGGGUUUUACGCUGAUCCAAACCGAAAGCAUAUCUAUCACUACAAAGGCAUCUGUCCAGUGGGUUUGGACCGGAUCGCACUUCCCGACAGAACGUUUCGUGAUUACUGGGAAGAGAUGGUUCAUGUCUGUCUCGAAAGACACAACCGAGACAAGGAUCCCAAGGUGGAGUUCGUUGAAGUCGUGAGAGGUCAUUAUCGCGGAGGACCCAGAUCCAAGUCAUACAUUACUUUUAUGGCCAGGGAGAAGCCAGAUGGGCCACUUGUUGAGUAUCAAGCCAAGGCUAUGGUUACUCUUGAUAGAAAGAGACACCCCAUCCUCUGCAGACCCACUCCUCCUACACCAAACCCUUAAGAUUUAGUGGUUGUAACAUUUUUUUUAAUGGUUGUAACAUUUUAACUUAAGGUUCUUAAUACUUUUUGUACUCACUUAUUUUUUGUUUAAGAAUGACUGGACCUUUGAUAGGGUGCGCACCUAUGAUUUUUCAA